AUGUGGCAAGUAUAUACUCGUCGUCGUCGAAUUCGAUGGCUUGCCAUUGGUUUUAUUUGUCUGCUUCUUGUGUGGUGUUACAUAUUAUACAAAAGUUUAGCCAUUAAUUAUGAUCAACCGAGUCUGCAUGUACAUUCUUCGUCAUUAACAACAAUUUCUUCGUUUUUGUACGACAUUCAAAAUCUGGAUGUGUUUUUAAAGCACACACCAGUGAAAUACAAUUACCAUAUUUUUUAUUAUCCAUGGUAUGGAAAUCCCGAGUAUGAUGCAAAGAAAUAUCGUCAUUGGAAUCAUCCUCGAUUAGCGCAUUGGAAUCGUGAAAAAGCUUCACAUUAUCCUCAACAUUCACACAUACCACCGGAUGAUAUCGGUAGUAAUUUUUAUCCGUUACUUGGCGCUUACAGCUCCCGUUCUCCGGAAAUUAUUGAUAAACAUAUGCGAAUGAUACGUAUGAGUGGUGCCGGCACAAUAUCAAUCAGCUGGUAUCCUCCUGGAAUGGCUGAUGAUGCGGGUUAUUCAUGGGAUGAUUUGAUACCACGUAUACUUGACGGCGCCGAGAAAUAUAAAUUAAAACUCUGUUUUCAUAUCGAACCGUAUAAAAAUCGAACAGCUGAUAAUAUCAUCCAUUGGUCACGCUAUAUUCUUCGUCAAUAUGGUUCACAUCCUGCUUUUUAUCGUUACAACGAUAAAGGAUUUUUUUAUGUUUAUGAUUCAUAUCAAAUUCCUUCCAACGAAUGGCAUCGAGCACUGACGUCGAUAAGUGUAAGUGAUCGACAAGCUUAUUUCGUUGGUUUGAUUCUCAAAUCGAGCGAUUGUGCACAAUUAGCAACAUCUGGUUUCGACGCUGCUUAUUCUUACUUUGCUGCCAAUGGAUUCACAGAAGCCUCGACUUCACAACGGUGGAAAUCGAUUGUCGAUAUAUGUAAGUCAAUACCGUUUAUUCCGAGUGUUGGACCAGGUUACAUCGAUACUAAUAUUCGACCAUGGAAUGGCGAAACAAGUCGAGCGAGAAAUAAUGGCAAUUAUUACAAACAAAUGUUCAAAGACGUGCCAGAUGGCAAGGACCGAAUUGUCUCAAUCACAUCGUUUAAUGAAUGGCAUGAAGGAACACAAAUUGAGCCAGCGAUUGAAAGAACGGAUUUGAAAAGUAUUACUUAUGAGAAAUAUCAUCAGGGUCCUUUUACUUAUAUACAUUUGACACGCGAGCUUAUUUUUGCUUCUGAUCGUUAG